CUCUGGGAGGCGGCCAAUGACUGCGCUCGGGGAGAGCGGCGAGGCCAAUAUGGCUUCCUGCACCUGGUGACGGUUGAAGAAACUGUGUUAGGUCUCAUGGAGAAGCCCCGGGGCGUCGAGGAGACCCCGUCUUCCGAACCAAUGGAGGAGGAAGAGGAAGAUGAUGAUUUGGAGCUCUUUGGUGGCUAUGACAGUUUCCGGAGUUAUAACAGCAGUGCGGGCAGUGAGAGCAGCUCCUAUCUAGAGGAGUCAAGUGAAGCAGAAAAUGAGGAUCGGGAAGCAGGAGAGCUGCCUACCUCCCCGAUGCAUUUGCUCAGCCCUGGGACUCCCCGCUCCUUGGACGGCAGUGGUUCUGAGCCAGCUGUCUGUGAGAUGUGUGGUAUCGUGGGUACUAGGGAAGCCUUCUUCUCCAAGACCAAGAGAUUCUGCAGCGUCUCCUGUUCCAGGAGCUACUCCUCCAACUCUAAGAAAGCCAGUAUCUUGGCUAGAUUACAGGGAAAACCGCCUACCAAGAAGGCCAAAGUCCUGCACAAAGCUGCCUGGUCUGCCAAAAUUGGAGCCUUCCUCCACUCCCAAGGAACAGGCCAGCUCGCAGAUGGGACACCAACAGGGCAGGAUGCGCUGGUCUUGGGUUUCGACUGGGGGAAGUUCCUGAAGGAUCACAGUUACAAGGCUGCUCCUGUCAGCUGCUUUAAACACGUCCCACUCUAUGACCAGUGGGAAGAUGUGAUGAAGGGGAUGAAGGUGGAGGUGCUCAACAGUGACGCUGUGCUCCCCAGCCGGGUGUACUGGAUCGCCUCUGUCAUCCAGGCAGCAGGGUACCGGGUGCUGCUCCGGUAUGAAGGCUUUGAAAAUGACGCCAGCCAUGACUUCUGGUGCAACCUGGGGACUGUGGAUGUCCACCCCAUCGGCUGGUGUGCCAUCAACAGCAAGAUCCUGGUGCCCCCGCGGACCAUCCAUGCCAAGUUCACCGAUUGGAAGGGCUACCUCAUGAGACGGCUGGUGGGCUCCAGGACACUUCCCGUGGAUUUCCACAUCAAGAUGGUGGAGAGCAUGAAGUACCCCUUUCGGCAGGGCAUGCGGCUAGAGGUGGUGGACAAGUCCCAGGUGUCACGGACCCGCAUGGCCGUGGUGGACACGGUAAUCGGGGGUCGCCUACGGCUCCUCUACGAGGAUGGUGACAGUGAUGAUGACUUCUGGUGCCACAUGUGGAGCCCCCUGAUCCACCCAGUGGGUUGGUCAAGGCGUGUUGGCCACGGCAUCAAGCUGUCAGAGAGGCGCAGCGACAUGGCCCACCAUCCCACCUUCCGGAAGAUCUACUGUGAUGCUGUUCCUUACCUGUUCAAGAAGGUUCGAGCUGUCUACACGGAAGGCGGCUGGUUUGAGGAGGGGAUGAAACUGGAGGCCAUUGACCCCCUGAAUCUGGGCAACAUCUGCGUGGCAACCAUCUGCAAGGUCCUCCUGGACGGCUACCUGAUGAUCUGUGUGGACGGGGGGCCCUCCACAGAUGGCUCGGACUGGUUCUGUUACCAUGCCUCUUCCCACGCCAUCUUCCCAGCCAACUUCUGCCAGAAGAAUGACAUUGAGCUCACACCCCCAAAAGGGUAUGAGGCUCACACUUUCAGCUGGGAGACCUACUUGGAGAAGACCAAGGCCAAAGCAGCUCCAUCGAGACUCUUUAACAUGGACUGCCCCAACCACGGCUUCAAGGUGGGCAUGAAGCUGGAGGCUGUGGACCUCAUGGAGCCGCGGCUCAUCUGUGUGGCCACCGUGAAGCGUGUGGUGCACCGGCUCCUCAGCAUCCACUUCGACGGCUGGGACAGCGAGUAUGACCAGUGGGUGGACUGCGAGUCCCCGGACAUCUACCCUGUCGGCUGGUGUGAGCUCACUGGCUACCAGCUCCAGCCACCCGUGGCCACAGAGCCCACCACACCUCUGAAAGCUAAAGAGGCCACAAAGAAGAAAAAGAAACAGUUUGGGAAGAAAAGAAAAAGAAUACCACCGACCAAGACUCGGCCCCUCAGACAGGGGUCCAAGAAGCCCUUGCUGGAGGAUGACCCGCAGGCCGCAGAGAAGAUCCCGUCAGAGCCCGUUCCUGAUGAGAGACCCAGUUCUGACUGAAGAGCUCCUGGGAAAACAGGACUUGUACGGCAUUUUGGCCUUCAGUUCCUUCUUCCUGAAUGAAGACGUGAAGCCUACAGGUGCCAUGGGCACAACAGGAAGAGCUGGAGGACAAGUUUAGCUGCCGUUCUGGCCCUGGACUGGGCUCCUAUACUUGUAUGAGACAAUUAAAUCCCUUUCUGGCUGAAGCCCAGCUUGUAAGCAUUCUGUUCCUUACAGCAAGAGUGCAUUUUCAUGUGCCACCCCAGGGUGUCAAUUAUGCGAUUGGGUGAGUUCACACAUGAAGAGUGCAGAACAAGUAUCACCUGUCAUCUCUGGAGCUCCCCGUCUCCAUGGCAACAACAUGCUGUAUUCUUAUUUAUGCUUCUGC